AUGAGUUCAAAUCUACCGUGUCAACAUGAUGAAGAAGAAGAAGAAGAAGAGCCUCUUUUAAAAAAUAAUGGCACCGUACAAGCUACGGUUUCUUCCAAUAAUACUGUUUCCAAGUACGUAAAUAAUACAAUAUCUGAACACGAAACAAAAUUAAAAUCUCCAAAUGACAAAAAUAACAAAAAACUAACAAAUAAGCAUAUUUCUAAAAUGGGCCCACAAAGAACUUCAAGAACAACUCAGAAAUUAAAAUUAUUACCGGAAGAACCAUUCAGUUCUACUAAAGGCCAAGCUUUGACAUCCCAGGAUAAAGAUGUUUACUCACAAGUCAAUCAUAUCACAGACAAACAUGCAAGAAGAGACGCAGAGAAAUUAGGAAAAAAUCAAAGACAUUUGUUACCAAGAGUCACAGCAUAUUGUACUGCUAGUAGUUACAACAUAAAAGAAUUACUCAAAUGGUUAAAAGAUUGUAAGAAAUUGUACCACACGCGUCCAAAACUAUUUGAUGAAUGUUUAUAUACUCCAUUUAAAUAUAAAGAUUGGAGAGCGGAUAAGAGAUUUGUUCACCAAGAUAUAAUACGAUUGGACGACGAGGGCGGAGAGAUCAUUGUUAGUGAUAAACAGCCUGAUUUAUUUAUCUUUGAAUAUGGUGUUAUUGUAAUGUGGGGGUUCACUGAACGUGAAGAGAAAGCAUUUUUAAACGAUUUGGAUAGCUUUGAGAGAGAGAAAUUGGCUGAAGAAGACGUCCAGGUUGAAGAAUUUAAUUAUUACAUAACGCAAAGUUAUCAGCCGAGAAUUUACAACGAUUUUAUCACUUUGAAAGAUGGAUCAAAUUAUCUAGUAAAAUUAUCUAUUUCACAUGCUAUUGCCCAAAGUGUAAAAAUAUCUUUGUUUGAGGAAUUAGUAGAUAAUACUAUUGAAGAUACGCAAGAUAUUCCUCAACAAAUCGCGUCUGUAGGUAAAAUAUCAAUGACCAAGGAAGAAAUUAUGAAAAGUAUUGGAGAGCUAUUCAUUUUGAGGAUAAACAUUAACUUGCAUGGUUCUGUGAUGGAUUCGCCCGAACUUAUGUGGGCAGAACCACAUUUGGAACCGAUUUAUCAAGCUACAAGAGGUUACUUGGAAAUAAAUCAAAGAAUAAGCCUACUUAACCAAAGAUUGGAAGUCAUUUCCGAUUUAUUGCAGAUGUUAAAAGAGCAGUUGGGCCAUAGUAAUGAAGAAUAUUUGGAAUUUAUAGUAAUUGUUUUGGUCGGCGUCGAAGUGUUGGUAUCCGUGGUAAAUAUAAUUGUUGAUAUAAUAGCAGAUUUAUAA